AUGAGGGGAAACAGGGGGCCGGGCUGGAGGGGUGAUGCGUGGAGGAACGGAGAGCAGCAGGUGCUUCUGAUGGCUCUGCUGGAAAGCUUGGAUCCUGCAACGCUGCCUGUGCAUCGAGUGCUCUCUCGCCUGCUCCUGGCAGAACAGGUGUGUCAGGAGCGGGUGCAAGCGGGUGCGUCCCUCCCAUGUGCUUUCCAAUCGGCUCUUUGCCUCAGCCCCUUGUACAGCACUGCAGAUCGACCCCUCUCCGCCUCCCACCACCAUAGCCAAGCAGCGUCCGUUGCAGGAGCAGCCUCAGCGGCAGCAGCUAGAGGAACAGGGAUUAUAGACCUUACCGGUGACGGUAACAGUGGGAGCAGCGGGAAUUUGCGGGGCGGGCAAGGGCAAGGAGGGGUUGGGGGAGCAGCGGGGGCAGGAGGUUUAGGAGUAGGUGCGGGAAUGGAGUGGGAUACAGGAGAUGUUGUGCCUCAGGAUGGUGUGUGGGAGAGUGAGAAGGGCUUUGCAGGUGCGGUGCUGUCUCGGGUGGUUGUGAGGCCGGAGGCUGCAGCGUUGCUGUCGGAGCUACUGCGGGGGUUAACACGUAACUUGGAAGACUGGGUGGUGAAGCAGGCUCGCGACAUCCUGAGUGGUUCUGUUACAGUCACCUCCAUACGUCCUAUCUCUCACCAUCUCAGCGCUCUUGCACCCCCCCUCCCCAAAUUUAUCCUUCAGAUGGAGGGGCUUGAAGGGCCGGGGGUUCAAACACAGACAGAUAAGGAUGGGGCAGCGGGAACGGGGGUGGUGGGUGGUGCACGGGAGGGAGAGGAAGGAGUAUGCGAGAGUGACGCCAUGGGGCUUGUUGGGAUGGGUGAGGAUGCAAGGAAGACUGCGUUUGUGUCUGGGAAUGGGUUGCGGGAGAUGAGGAGCGGUGCUGGGUUCGGAGAGGGGAAGGUUGGAUCAGUAGAAGGCGAAGGGGUGGAUGGAAAUGAGGGAGACAGGGCGAGAGGAGAUGGGAGAGAGGGAGGAGCGGUGGGGAACGGUGAGAGGGGUGAUGAGGGAGUGAUGAACAAUCUGCAUUUAGGGUCUGAUCCAAAGGUGGAUGAAGAACAAGGGGGAGUGAAGCGAGUAAACAAGGAGGAGGAGGAGGAGACGAUUAAGGUAGUGGGGGCAAAGGAGCAACAAGGGAAUGGAGUUGUGGGGAUGGAUGUGGAUGGAUUGAAGACUGAGGCAGGUGUGGAAGCGAGUAUAGGGCUGGAAAAUGCAUCAGAGAAAACGAGGGUGGGAGGUGAAUUGGCGGUUGGGAAAGAGGCAGAAGGUGCAGGUUUACCUGUGAAGGAGGAGGAGGAGGUUGAUGUAGAUGAUGGGGACAUGGAUGAUGGGGAGCAACUGGGGAAAAGGAACGGGGAGAGGGGGAUGGAGAUGGAGGGGAUAGAGAUGAAACGCAGUGCGGUUGAAAGGUGUGCGGAGCAGAAGCGUGGCAGAGGGCUGGAAGGCUGGGAGGGAGGAGGUGGAGAGAAGAUGGAAACUGAUGACGAUGGAGGGAGGGGUACGGGUGGUAAUGGCAAUGGUACUGCUUUUCCUGAGCACGAGGACGGUAACGGUUGUGCUGUUGGGGAUAGAGCUUUUGGCCUUCCUGAUGGUGAAGCGGAUACUGAGCCGACAGAAAGUGAGGCGGAGAAUAACAUUGGGGAUGGCGCUGAGGGGGCAGAUGAAGCUGGAGAUGCAGAGAAUGGACCGGGGGAGGGAAGCAAGGGACAAACAGGCAGGCUUGCGGAAGGGGAUGAGGAGCUAAGAACAACCUCUUCCUCGUCUGGUUCGUCCAGCUCAUCUUCGUCCUCUGGUUCCUCGUCCUGCUCUCCGUCGGGGCAGGAUGCGAUUGAGGAGGAAGAGGAGGUGGAGGUGGGCGACGUGCGGGAUCGACAGCAAGAGCAAGAGCAACAGCAGCAGCAGGAGGAGGAGCAGGAGCAGGAGCAGGAGCAGCAGGAGCAGGAGCAGCAGGAGCAGCAGCAGGAGCAGGAGCAGGAGGAGCAGCCGCAGGAGAAAACGGGGCAGGAGGGACAAGAGGAAUGGGUGGAGGGGGGUUCAGGUGAGCAAGGACAGGGUGAGGAGCAAGCAGUAGGCGACAGAGGAGAUGAGGGGGGCAGUGAAGAGAGGAUGGAGGAAGGUGGUUGCAAGGGAAAUGAUAUUGAGAGGGAUGGGCAUGCGGUUAUUCUAGGGGAACUUUUUGGUGUGGACCCUGGGAUGGAUGGUGCGCUCAGCGAGGGAGGAGAGAAUGUUAGUGGUGGGGAAAGUACGGAGGAGUCAUGGCGAGAGCAUGCGGCGGAUGGGGGGACGCAUGGGGGAAACGCGCGUCUGGGGGAGGAGGCAGAGGGAUCGGCGUGGGAGAGAGAAGAGGCGGAAGGGGUUGAGGAGGAGGAGGCGGAGGAGGUGGAGGAGGAGGUGCAGAUGGGACGUGAGGAGGUUGGGGAAGAGGAAGCUCCGGAGGGGAUGAGAGAGGAGGGAAGGGGAGAAGAGGAGAGAGGAGGGGAGGGGGUUGGGGCUGAGGAGGUCCCAGGGCAGACUUCGAAGGCGGACGGUUUGAUGGAUGUGGAAUGGGGGAAAGGAGAGGCAGAGUGGGUUGGAAAAGGAGUGGAAGGGGAGGGGGAGGGGGAGGGAGUGGUAUGGGGUCUGGGUGAAGGUUCGAAAGGAGGGGAUGAUGGUGAUGGUGAAUCCGUUGGAGAGGGUGGGAGUGAUACGGAGGAUGGAAGUGAUGGGGAUGAUGGGAGUGAUAGGGGUGAUGCGGAUGAUAGGGGUGAUGCGGAUGAUGGGGGUGAUGAGGGUGAUAGGGGUGAUGAGGAGCAGGAAGCGGUUGAGGAGAGAAAAGGGGUGGGGUCAUUUGGAACGAUUGGAACGGGCAGUGUCGAGGGGGACGCAGAUGUGCUUGUUUCUGGUGGGGGAGGAGCAGAGGACGGGGUGGGAGAAGGGCCACCAGCUAAGGGUGAUGAGAACGAGGAUGUUCUGACAGGGGAUGCGCAGGCGUUGCAGCAUAUGGAAAGCGAGAGUAGGGUUAGUUUAGGCGAUGGGAAAGGUAGCGGCGAAAGCGCAGCGGAUGCUGAGAUGAACGAGGUGGAAGGUGCAGGAGUAGCGGCUGCAGGGGGCGGUUUAGAGGGGUUUAGGAAAGAGUGUUCCCUUGGGUUGGGCGAUGCUGGUGGGGAUUGCGUUGGGUGCAAAGGCGUUGAAAGUGGUGCAGAUGGUGUUGGUGGGAAGGGAAUGGAGGCUGGGGAUGGUGGUGGUUUGAAGGAGGGACGAGGGGAAGAGGAUGAGGAGGAGGAGGAGGAGGAGGAGGAGGGGGAGGAGGAGGAGGAGGAGGAGGAGGAGGAGGAGGACGAGGAGGAGGAGGAGGAGGGGGAUGAGGAGGAUGAGCAGGAGGAAGAGGAAGGAGGAGGAAAACGAGGAGGAGGGGGAGGAGAAAGAAAGAAGGAGGGUGAGGAGGAUGAGGAGAGUGAGGAGGAGGAGAGUGAGGAGGAUAAGGAGAGUGAGGAGGAUGAGGAGAGUGAGGAGGAGGAGGAGAGUGAGGACGAUGAGGAGGGUGAGGAGGAUGAUGAGAGUGUGGAGGAUGAAAAGAGUGAGGAGGAUGAGGAAAAUGGAGAAGGGAGGGGAGGAGGAGGAGGAGGGGAGGAGGAGGAGGAGGAGGAGGAGGAGGAGGAGGAGGAGGAGGCGGAGGAGGAGGAGGAGGAGGGAGGAGGAGGAGGAGGAGGAGGAGGAGGAGGAAGAAGGGGAGGAAGGGGGGAGGAGGAGGAGGGAGAGGGAGAAGGGGAGGGGAGUGAGGGCAGUUCAAACAAUUCUGAUGAUUCUGAUUUCCUGUGGGAUGGGGAUGGGGUGGAGGACGAGGCGAGUGAGGAAUGGGAUGAGUCUUAUGAUGAUGAUGAUGUUCUGGAAGAAGGGGAGGAGGAGGAUGAUGAGGAGGAUGAUGAGGAUGAGGAGGAAGGGGAGGUUGAUGAGGAGGAUGAUGAGGAAGGGGAGCAGGAUGAGGAGGAAGGGGAGGUUGAUGAGGAGGAUGAUGAGGAAGGGGAGGAGGAGGACGAAGAGGAUGAGGAGGAAGAUGAUGAAGGCGAGGAGGAGAAAGAGAGAGUUGAGGUAGAAGAGGAGAAGUUGGAGGAGGGGGAGGAGGACGGAGAGGAGGCGGAGGAGGAGGAGGAGGAGGAGGAGGGGAGGAGGAGGAGGAGGAGGAGGAGGAGGAGGAGGAGGGAGAGGAGGAGGAGGAGGAGGAGGAGGAGGAGGAGGAGGAGGAGGAGGAGGAGGAGGAGGAGGAGGGAGGAGGAGGAGGAGGAGGAGGAGGAGGCGGAGGAGGAGGAGGCGGAGGAGGAGGAGGAGGAGGAGGAGGAGGGGGAGGAGGGGGAGGAGGAGGAGGAGGAGGCGGAGGAGGAGGAGGAGGAGGAGGAGGAGGAGGAGGAGGCGGAGGAGGAGGAGGAGGAGGAGGAGGAGGAGGAGGAGGAGGAGGGAGGAGGAGGAGGAGGAGGAGGAGGAGGAGGAGGGAGGAGGAGGAGGAGGAGGAGGAGGAGGAGGAGGGGAGAGGGUGGGGUUUGGGGAGAGGAAGCAGGAAGAGGGAAGGGAAGGGAUCUGGAGACUUUGGAGGGCGAGGGUGAAGGGCGAGGGAUAGGGCAGAUGGACGAUGAUGGGGAGGAAAAGGGUGAGGGAAUGAGAGGAGGAGAGGGUGAGGGCGAAGGAGAGGACGGAGGGGUCAAUGAGUGGGGGGAUGGAGAUGAGGUUAAAGGGGAGGAUGUGGAGAUGAGAGAGGGAGAGUGGGGUGGGGGAGGGGAAGGUCUGGAAGGGGAACAGGGGGAUGAGAAUGAGGGAGUGGAGAUGGGGAGAUUGGAAGGUGGUGGUGGUGAGGGAGAAGAAGAGGGGGAGCAAGAAAGGGAAGGGGAGGUGAAUAGGAAUGAGGAGGAUGAAGAUGAGGAGGAGGAGGAAGAGGAGGAAGAAGAGGAGGAGGAUGAUAGCAAUGGGGGGUACAAGCAAGUGGAGGGGAAUAAUUGUGAUUUUUUGUGGAACAGGGUUGGUACUUGCGAAGAGGGAAUACCAGGUGAGGAGGUGGGGGAGGGUGAAUGGGCAAUGGGGUAUGCUUUGAUGCAGGAGCAGGGGAGCGGAGAUAUUGCAAGGUGGCAAGGGCAGAAUAACCUGUUGGUAACGACAGGGUUUGGGACUGAGGAUCAAAUGAAAGGAGAGAUGGAGGUGGAGGGUGGGGUAAUGGGCAGUGGGGGAGGUGAGGUGGUGGGAAAGGAGGGAGAGGAGUUGGGGGGCAGCGAGGGGAAGGAGGAGACGCAAAAGGAAGCAGAGGAGGAGGAGGAGGAGGAUGGUGAUGGUGUUGAUGGUGAUGGUGAUGAUGGUGAUGAUGAUGAAGAGGAAGAGGAAGACGAGGAGGAUGAUGAUGAUGGGUUGCUAGAUGCCGAACUUGCAGUGGCGAUGGAAGCAGAGGGGAUGGAGGAAGAGGAGCAGUACGGCGACGGAACGGGUGCUGGCGUGAGUGAACGGACGGAUGAGGGCAGCGGGAAGAUAAAAGAUUGGCUGGAGGGGGGGGGUAAGAGCGAUAGGACUGGUGAUGAUGCGGAGGAAGAGGAAUGGAUGAUCGGGGAGGAGUGGAUGUGUGGGGUUAUGGCAGGGCAGUUGGGGGUGAAAGGAGAGAAAGGUUCGGUAGAGAGCGGUGGGAAGGGGGAAAAGAGGGAGGAAGAGGAGGAGGAGGAUGGGGUAAAGGAGGAGGGGGGAAGACUGCAGUGGGACGAAGAGGGGGAUGAUGAUUCAGAAGAGGAUGAGGAUAGUGAAGAGGAGGCGAGUGGAGAGGAUGAGGAGAGUGAGGAGGAGGAGGAGGAGGAGGAGGACGAGGAGGAGGAGGAGGAGAGUGUGGAGGAUGCGGAAAGUGAGGAGGAGGAGAGUGAGGAGGACGAGGAGAGUGAAGAGGAGGAGAGUGAGGAGGAGGAGGUGGAGGAAGGAAAGGAGGAGAGUGAGGAGGAGGAGAGUGAAGAGGAGGAGAGUGAAGAGGAGGAGAGUGAAGAGGAGAGUGAAGAGGAGGAGGACGAGGAGGAAUGUGGGGAGGAGUUGGCACGAAAAAAGGAGGCGGAACUGGUGGAAAAGGAGGAGGAAAAGAAGGGGGUCCUCGAGGGGGAACAGAGGAUGAAGCAGGAAGACGAGGAGAAGGAGAAGGAAGGAGAGGAGGAAGAGGAGGAAGAGGAGGAGUCUGAGGAGGGCGAUAUGGUGGAGGGGGAGGAGAGUGAAAGCGGGAGUGACGAGGAUGGGGAAGAGGAAGACGAGGACGAGGAGAGUGGUGAUGAUGAUGAGGACAGUUUGAUGGUAAAGUGCGAGGAGGAGGAGGAAGAAGUUGAGGAGGACGAAGAGGAGGAGGAGGAGGGGGAAGAGGAGGAGGAGGGGGAAGAGGAGGAAGAGUGGAAAGAGGAGGAAGAGGGGGAAGAGGAGGAAGAGGGGGAAGAGGAGGAAGAGGGGGAAGAGGAGGAAGAUGAGCUAGGAAGGUUGGGUGAUUGGACCCUGGAGGGCGAAAGUGAAGAGAGUAGCGAGGACAAUGGUGGGAGUGAGGAGAGUGAGGAAGGCGAGACGGAAACGGGGGAGAGUGGGGAGAGUGAGGAGGGUGAGGAGGGUGAGGAGGGUGAGGAGGGUGAGGAGGGUGAGGAGGGUGAUUCAUGUGGGAGUGCAUCAGACGAGCAUAGGGAGAGUGAUUCUGGCGUGGAAAUGCAAUACGAGUCUGAUUCAGGAGAUUCACGAGCUGGGACUUUCGACGAAAUAAUUGCAACCGGUGCAAGGGGUGGAAUGGUCGCAACAGUUGCCAGUGACACUGAGUCUGCUGCUGAUGGCGGUGAUUUCUCAGAGAUUUCUGAAGAGUCGGAGGACUCAGACGAGCUUUUUCUCCCUGGCGAGUUAUCAGAUGGCUACCCGUUUGCCCCCCUUCCGACGCUCUUCUCUCCCACUCUCUGCCUCCGCACUAAAUGCAUCUUUCCCUGA